GUUGCCAGCGUCGUCGCGAAGAAGCUUUGAAGCUAUGGAAGGAAGGAAGCAAGGUUUUGGACAAGCGAAUCUGUGUGCUCCGCACGAGCUUCUCACCGAGUCUCUUGGUGUUUCAGAUCUGCCUGGAUGAACUGGAUAAUGCCAUAGAUUUUUCUCUUUUGCCCUAUGUCAACCUGUCUCUCACGAAACUCAUUCUACUGCUUGCGCGACUUCGGGGAGCUUGCAAAGCCCUGAAUACAUGAUGAUUUCAUUCGGCGUCUCAAAUGAGAUUGGGUUUCAACAGGAGAUUUUUUGCAAUGGGACUUCGAAGUGGAAUUUUGCCGAGCGGCUUUGGUGUUACGAGAUUGCGAGGGAUGUCAGGGCAAUUUCUGGCAGCAUGAGGGUAAUGAACUGCCAAUUGUGGUCGUGAAAUCGAGCUUCCGUCUUUCAGCGCCAGAGCGAUGGAGGAGGCGGCUUGCACUUUGGACAUCAAGUGCAAGUUCCCUCUUGCAAAGAAAAAGAGAUUAUCGCUUCGAGGCCAUGGUGUACCGCAGCAGCCAUCUAGGAACGCAAGUUCACAGAAAACUCUGGCAGAUAUUGGUGCAGAAGGAGAUUUGAAGAUAAGCAUUCAGCAGGUAAAUUUUGGCAGCGGGACUACGGGAAGCAACAUAGAGCAAUUUGACGAUCAGGAUUGUACCAUAAUCACUAGGAAUGGUAAUGAAAGAAUCCCACUUCAGGAGGACACACAGCUUGUAUCAGGAAUUUCCGAAGGAUUGCAGAAUGAUAGAGACUUGAUCACAACGGUUGAGCAAGCCCUUUUAGAUGGAUUUUGUGAUGCAGAAGAAGAGUUGCCGUUGGAUGUGUUGGAAGAGGUUCUAAGUCAGUACGACAGGCCCCUGGCACCGUGCAGCAAAAGCGACAACUCUUCUGGUUCUUUCUUCGAUACUAAAGUGGUUCCACAAGAAUCUGCAGCACUAAGAGAAGAGCUUGAGGAUACCAAAUACACAUAUGCGGAGAGUGCCAUCGACAGGAAGCACUUUCGUUUUGAGGAAUGUGACGUUUCAGGGAGAAUGGUUCAAGGCUGCAAACCAGGGUUCGGUAAAGCGAAUCGAUCAUGUUCAAUUUCAGGUGGAUCGAGUAGUACUCAAGACGCCUUUGAUGAUUCUUCAGCUUUCAGAGACGAUUUAUUCUUAUGUGAGGACAAUAAGGGUGCAAGUAUUGCCGUAUUGCUAGGUACACAUGAACUGUCAGAUCCUCAAUUGAAUGAGACACCAUGUGAGAUCUCGGGAAGUGCAGAUCUAAGCUUUAAGAACGCUUUCUACGCCGGGGGAACUGACUGGAGUGCACUGCAUGAAGUUGACGAGUAUGGAUUCCCAUGUGCAAGUAGUCCGCAAUUGAGCUCUGAGCAUGAUUGCGCAUCGAUCGAUGCUGAAAAACUUAUGAAUGUGGACAGCAGGAUACAGUGUAAGAUAGUGAGACCGGAAACAAUAUCCGAGGCCGUAAAAUCUCAAAUCACAUCGUUAGGGCCGAGCUUCAAGGAAGAGAAUAAUGCUAAUCUUUUGAGUCGUUCUUCAAAACUUAAGCAAGGCGACCUCUCAUCCUUUCUAGGAUUUAAGCGCAAAUCACCUGUUGAUGCGAAAGUGCCUCAAAAGAAGACCCAUCAGCAAGAUAUAGGCACGUACUUCGGAUUGGCUCCCCUUGCGAAGCAGGCCUCUACAGCAGCAAGCUUCUUUGCCAAGUUACGACCAAGAUUCCCAACCCCUGGACGAGCAAGUAUAGAGGAUGGGCAAAGGACGGGCAAUAAUGGCUGGAAAAGUAACCGUGAGACCGUCAAGAAUUGCCCAUUUUACAAGAAAAUGCCAGGGACACCUUUUACAGUUGAUGCGUUUAAGUUUGGAGCUGUAGAGGGAUGCAAAGCUUACUUCCUCACACAUUUUCACAGCGAUCACUACGGAGGACUUACCAGAUCGUGGUCUCAUGGCCCUAUAUUUUGCACUGAAAUUACAGCCCGCCUUGUGUCGAUGCAUUUAGGUGUUGAUUCACAUUGGCUGCGUCCAAUGAAGCUCGGUUGUGUGUCCAUAGUUGAAGGCGUCAAGGUACAGUUUCUGGAAGCAAAUCACUGCCCUGGCGCUGCGCUUAUACUUUUUCAAACGUCUUGUGGGCAGCUUAUCCUACACACAGGUGAUUUUCGGGCUUGCAAAAGUAUGCAAGAUUACCCCGAGCUCCUUGGUGCUCGCAUCACAUCUCUCUACUUAGACACCACUUAUUGUAAUCCUAAAUAUAACUUCCCCCUCCAGGAAGAUGUGAUCAAUCAUGUUGUUAAACUGACAUCAGCAGCAUUGUCCCGAAAUCCAAAGACAUUAGUUACAGUUGGCGCAUAUAGUAUUGGCAAAGAGCGCGUGUAUCUAGGGAUAGCCAAGGCACUUAGCUUAAGGAUUUAUGCAGACAAACGUCGUGUACGGACUUUGCGAGCCCUUGAUUGGCCUGAUUUGACUGACAGGUUAUGUUCAGAUGCAAGCAGUAGCAGACUGCAUGUGCUACCGAUCUCACACUUGAAUGCUACAAAGUUGAGGGCUUACAUGCAGUCCUUACAUCCCACUUACAGUGCAGUACUAGCUUUUCGGCCUACAGGUUGGACUUACUCAGAGAAAAUAGGUUCCAAUUUAUCAGAACUAAAGCCCCAGCGUAGUGGAGUUGUCACUAUUUACGGAGUUCCUUACAGUGAACAUUCCAGCUACUCAGAGCUUCAAGAAUUUGUUAAGUUCUUGAGGCCUCAAAAGGUUCUUGCUACUGUCAAUGUAGGAAGAGCUGCUCAUAGAGAGAGUAUGGAGGCUCAUUUCAAAAAAUGGCUCAAAUGUUGAAGUUUUGGGAAAGUACACUCGUGUUUGACGUACGGACAAGGGAGAUUCAAGCUCGAGGUUUUAAGUGAAAAAGAAAAGCUGUCAAGAUUCCAUGCUUAGCGAGGUGUUGAGGGAUCAGAAGUGCAAGUGUUGAAGGUAAUUUAUCAUUGCAGGUGUUUCUAGUGUACAUUGUUGUCACAUUUUAAUUCCGUGUGUAAGAGUUUCUUUACUGAAAUGUGCCACAAACAAACAGUAUUUUUCGAUCUAGAGUAGAUCCGUAGCUACCUAAUCCAUGUAUCUUGGUAUAAUGCCUUUGAAUACAUUCCUAGUGAAUUUGUAUAUUGAAGCCGUGGAAA